GUCCUGGCUGUCCUGGAACUUGCUCUGUAGACCAGUCUCUCGUCUCAAACUCACAGAGAGCCGCCUGCCUCUGCCUCCCGAGUGCUGGAAUUAAAGGUGUGCGCCACCAUUGCCUGCUUUGGAUGAAAUUAAUUAUGGCUCUUUUUAAUUUUUCUUUUUUUUUUUUUUAAGAUAGAGGCUCUGGCUGGCCUAGGACUAUGUAGACCAGGUUGCCCAGGAAGAAAGGAGGGAAUCUCCUGGUAUGUCAGGAAUUUUUUUCUCUAAUAGAAUCCCCCUCCCUCUUUUGUCCUUAUGCUAGCGGGGACAGAUUGUACAAUUCUGGUGACAUGAAGAUGUUUUUCUAUAGAAGGAAAGCAUAGGUAGUGGUCAUCUGGUCAGUGUGGGAUUUGUGGCUUUUUUUUUUUCUGAGUAGUCACAUGUCCUUUUGUUUUCGUCAGCCCUGCCUCCACAGUUUGCCUGUUUUCCCUGUACCUUAUCUAGCUAACCUCAUGGGGAGGACAGGCAGGACUAGAAAGCAUAUCUAUCUUCUAUAAAGAUAUCUGUGAGCUUGAUUUCUAGUAUCCACAUGGGGUGGCUCACAACUACCUGUAACUCCAGCUCCAGAAAUUCCACACUACUGACCUUUGUGGGCACCUGCACUCAUAUUCCCACACCUCCCAUAUAAAAAAUUAAAAAUAAUAAAAGUAAAUAUUUAAAAAGAUGUCUCUGAGAUGAAGAGAACUUGCAGAAACAGGGGUGGAAAUAAUACUGAUGAAGAUGGUGGCUACAGGAUGGUGAAGACCAGGGUACUGAUGUACAUGUACUUGGCUGUGGAGGUAUAGGCCUGGGAUCAGUAAUAUCACCCAUCAUCUUCCAAAUGACAAGGGACCUUAGCGAAAGACAUCUGAGAACCAGAUUCUUGGACUAGGCCCCGGUCAUCUUUCCUGCCCACUGCAGUCUCUCUGCUUCAGGUCAGGACCCUACUUCCCUUUUCACAUACUCAGACUAUCCUGAAGGCCCCAACACUGCUUGCUUGGGGGUGUCUAGUGAUCCUAGUGGCAUGGACAGGAGUAACCAAGGCUUUGGGCCUGAGCAUCUGAGGAAGGCUGGGCAGUGAAGGAGGAUCUAGCCCUUGCUAAGGAUUUGAGCUGCAAAGACCCUGAGGUCCCUUUAUCAAGGAGGUUCUUAGCAUAUGAGCCUGCAGACUUCCUGCUGGACAUGCAUUGAGCUCUUGGCACACACAAGCAUCUUAGCCCUCAAGGAAAUUAUCCCACUCAAAUGCUAGGAUUGGGAAGGGGACCGCUAACAGGGCAAGGAAGAGGCUCAACCUGCCCAGGAGCUGGAGGGAAUGCCUAUCACAGGGAGUGGGGAGGGGCAGUCUCUUUCAUUAUUCCUUUCUGCCUGCUAUUUUCUUCUUAGCAUUCAUCUCUAGCAAGUACGUGUUUGCUUUCCUAUUUGUGCAUGUCGGCAGAAGGUGACAUGACCAAAGCCUGGAUUCUGGGUUCUGAGUUCUGGAGAUGGAGGGCCAUGGUAUAUGCAGCUCUGGUCCUGAGGAGGCAGCCGCAUGUCCAUUCAGCCUCAGGGUCCACCAUGCAACUGUUUGCAGCCAGUGACCUGGAGCAGCCUUCUCAGACUGCAGGGGGGCUUUGGUGGGUGGUCUGCAGCCACUGCCCAUGUGGAAGACACGGCGCUGGAACCCAUGGAUACUUCAUAUCCCCGUGAAGACCCCCGGGCUCUAUCAUCCCGCAAGGCUAAUGAUGCUGCCCACAUGGCAGUCUCCAUGAGAACACCGGGUCCUACACCACGAGACCAUCUGCUGUGGUCAGUCUUCAGCACGAUCUACCUGAACCUGUGCUGCCUUGGUUUCCUGGCGCUGGUCCACUCUGUCAAGGCCCGAGACCAGAAGAUAGCUGGGGACCUGGAGGCUGCGAGGCAGUACGGCUCCAAAGCUAAGUGCUACAACAUCUUGGCUGCAAUGUGGACAUUGGUGCCCCCAUUGCUGCUCCUCGGGCUGGUGGUGACUGGAGCCUUGCACCUGUCCCGGCUGGCCAAAGACUCUGCGGCUUUCUUCACCACCAAAUUUGACGAUGAGGACUAUAACUGAGAGUUCUGAGCCUGUCCUGAACCAAGGACAACGAUACCAGGUCACUGAUCCCUGAUGCCCAACACCAGCUCCUGGGGGUCAUAAACUGCACCUUGGUCCCCACCCAACCAUGACCCCUUGUCUACCAUGUGUAUUCGAUGCUGAUCCACUCAGACCUCUUAGACUUUACCUCUAACACCCCCUCUCCCCCACUUACCAGGUUGAGCCUCCAUUCACAAAUAAAAGUGGCAGAUUCCAAUAA